CAAGACCCCGACGGUGCCCGCGCUCGCGGCUGCAUCUUCGACCCGGUGCAGACGGGCUGGAUACCCGGUCGCUGCGUCGACAAGGAGCUGACGGAAGAGUUCAUCAACUCGCACCAGUGGGAGUGGUACGAGGACGAGCUGCUGACUCGGCCCACCACCCAAGAUACCGUGCUGCGCGGCUUUGGCACUCGCGACGCCUUCACUAUUGAUGACUACCACUACCGUCACUGCGAGUAUAUCAUGAAGGCCCUCAUCCGCAAUGUCAUCCGCCAGCCGCGUGCCAUAGGCUUCAAGGGUCUCCAUGAGGAACAUCUCGAGCACUGCCUGGACAGACUCAUCAAC